AUGGCAACAUCUCCUACAUCCUCUAAUUCAAUUCCUCCAUCAGGGCAAACUGCUUCAAGUGGCAGUGCUGGUCAAUUCGAUAUUGACAAUACACUAUUUGUUAGCAAAGAUGUCUCUUUGUCCUUGAGUCCUGAGUCCUUGAUUAUCAAAGGCGCCGAAACAGCAAAAAAGCCCGAGAAAGGAGCAAAAUCAGCCGGUGCCCGUCGUUCCGUAACACUGGAUGCAUCUGCCUACUCAGAACCUGUUGGGUCAUCAACUCUAAGGGCAAUACCUUUACGUCAGAUCCUUUGGGCUGAAAUAACUGAGACUGGACUCAUCAUAAAUUACGCAAAGGAGAUUUCAAAAACUGUUCUUCAACCAGCUGUACUGAAGUAUGUUAUUGAAGAAGAGCGAGACCGAGUGGAAGCAUGGGUUUCUAGGCUCAAAGAUCGCGCAUAUGGCAAAUCCCAGCAACAGAAACGAGUUAAAGUGAUAAUUAAUCCGAAGAGUGGAAAGGGACAAUCCGAGAAAAUCUAUGCAAAAGACGUGACGCCUAUCUUUGAUGCUGCUCAUCUAUCCAUCGAUGUGACGGCAACUAAAGCCUCAAGGGAGGCCAUUGAUAUCGUGGAAAAACUCGACAUAGAAGCUUAUGAUGUGAUAAUCUGUUGUUCUGGAGAUGGUCUUCCAUUCGAGGUUUUCAAUGGUCUUGGCAAACGUAAAGAUGCGAAGAGAGCUCUUUCGAAAUUGGCUAUCGCGCACAUACCUUGCGGAUCUGGAAAUGGAUUGCAUUGUAGUCUUCACGGUAAUAUAAGAUCUACCAGUAUUGCUGCUCUUUCAAUAGUUAAAGGUGUUCGUACUCCUCUGGAUUUGAUUUCGGUCACACAGGGUGAAGAGAGACAUCUAUCCUUUCUCUCGCAAGCACUUGGUAUCGUGGCUGAGUUUGACCUGGGAACAGAGCAUUUGCGAUGGAUGGGAGGAACUCGAUUCGUCUAUGGUUUUGUCAUGAAGUCUCUCCAAAAGAAAAUCUUCCCGUGUGACAUCGCGGUGAAGGUGGUUACGGACGAUAAAGAAGAUAUCAAGCGACGUUAUCGUGAAGCUAUGGAAAUUCGAAGCACUUCUGAAGAAUCAUUACGUGAAAAGAGUUCUUUGGAAGGCGGUUUACCCGAGUUGAAAUAUGGCAAUUCUAGCGACCCAUUACCUCAAGGGUGGGAAGUUGAGCAACAUGAUAAUUUGGGAAGUUUCUACUGUGGCAAUAUGUCUUGGAUGGGAGCAGAUGUAGAUUACUUUCCAGCUGCACUUCCAAAUGAUGGUUGUAUGGAUAUGGUAACCAUUGAUUAUUCAAAUCUCAGUCGACUUCAAGCACUUCAACUUAUGCCGGCUGUCGAGAAUGGGAAAUUUUUCGGCCUACCAUAUGUCAAUUAUCGCAAAGUCGAAGCAUACCGCAUCACUCCAAAGAACCAGUCAGAUGGUUACAUAUCAAUAGAUGGAGAGCGAGUUCCAUUUGGACCAUUCCAAGCCGAAGUUCAUCGAGGACUAGGAACGGUCCUUUCAGUAUCAGGAUAUAGAUAUGAAACUUCUGGACCUAAAUAG